UUUGUUUAUUGUGUGUGAUAGUGUAAACACACUGCAAAGUAUACUUUGAUCAAAGGAACUUUGAUUCGAGUUUAAGCUUUAGAAAUCAAAAUGUCAGGUGAUAAAGCGAUUGAACCGACGGCUGUCUUCGAAGAUGUUAAAAUAAAAACAACGUGUAAUGAGAGUAAGUAUAAAUGGAGCGACAGACAAGUGGAAUUACUUAUAUCAGAAUGGGCAAGAGAGCCUUGUCUAUAUGAUACGUCUCAUGAAGAAUACUCAAAGUUUGACAAAAGACUCAAUGUUGAAAAAAGAAUUGUGGCUGCACUCAAUGAGAAUGUCACCAGUCCUGAAGAACGUCUAAUAACUGGUAAGAUAUAAUAGGCCCUAAUACACUCCUAUAGAGAGUAGAGGUGUUUAAUUACUGAAUAGUCUGUAAUACACUCUGUAUAGUAACGUUUUGGCUAGUAUACAAAUUAUCAUGGAAAUAAUUUACUUGCUAUGGCUAUGUUGUCUAUAUGGCUACUGAAAAUCUCGCUGGGUUGGCAGAAAGAAGCGUAGAGCGGUAAAGCACCUGACUGGUAUUCCAAAGGUUCGAAUCCUUUCUAAAUUACUAAAACAUCUUUUAAUGCGCAUUAAUUGUGACUCAAGUACGCAAUUAUAUUCACCACAAUUCACCACAGAACUGGCUCAGUGACUUGGAUCUGCUCAUCUACUGAUCUGCAUAUAAUUUUAUAUUAGUAUAUAAGUCUUAAAUCUUAAUACUUUCAUAAUGUGUAUUAUGUAUAUAUAGGCCUGGAGUAAUCUCAUGAUGACAUUAGGCUAUACGUAUACACCCAACCUCCAAGACUUACUAGUAAUGCCCAAUUCCUAUAUAAUUGCCUCUAUAACAACCACAUCACACAUGUAUAAAGCUACAUUGAUUUCGGGUGGUUCGUAAUACAUAGAAUAGGAUCAACUCUCGCGUAUAUGGAUAUAUUAUUACGUCCGAGAGUCUAAAGAAGUGGUAGAAAAGUUAGCCUGAAUCACAGCGGGCUUUAUAGUGCAGGCAGGGGACUAUAAUGCAUGAGUGUAGGGUUUCAGUGUAGAAAUGAACAAUACUCACGAGCAUGGUUGAAGAUCUAAAUCAGUGUCUGAACAUUUCUAGAGUCUUCACUCGAAACGUCAGAGAUCUUUUGAUAUUUUUUAUUAGUUCGAUCCUUCAACGAAGAAUAUACGUACAUUAUAGCCUUUUUUAAGAGUUCAAAACCAAACCAACACUUUCAAUGUGGUCUUGUAAAAGGAAAAAUUCAUUUCAAAGAUUGCCUGUUGAGUUCUUCUCUUAGUUUGGUAUUUAUUAAACAAACAUUUUUCUGACUAUACUCCUUUUAGAAUCCUAAAAAUUCAUCAAAAGCACUGAUUGCGUCAUCAAUUUGGCGACAAAGUAUACAACCUUUUGUGUGUAAAACAAAGUAGUUCCCCUUCAUGAUCUGCCACUUACGACUUACGUUUCUAAAGCAUAUGCUGUCAGGCAAAAUUUCAUUACAAUUGUCAAUAUUUUCUUUUGACUUCGGAUGGUUUUGUAGUAUACAUGUAAUUAUAUACCGUGACGUUAUCACGAUAACACUAUAUAUGCCGAGUUCAGCAACACAAGGUCAGGCAAUUUUCUUGAUAUUGUAAACAUCAGCCAUGAUUCGAACAAACCUAUACAUUAGAAGAUAAUAUCUCAAGCCAUGAAAAGGUAGCAGCAAAAAAGCAAAUAAUUUUUCCAUGCAAUUCUAUAUACGAGAAUACUUUUGGUUUCAGAAGUUUCACAGGGUUUCCCAGUUAGGAUUCAACACGAGAAAAGACUGAAAUGCAUUAAAAAACUAUAGGGUCAAGGAAUACUCAAUGUCUCCAGGCCCUCCAGGCACUGGCACUGUGACUCAAUUCAUCACUGACAUGCAAUAUAUAGAAACAUGACGAAUUCUCGAGAACAGAAAAUAUUAUAUCUCAAAAUAUAACUGCAUGAGAAAAGCACUUUUAGUAAUUUAUGAUAAUUCGUACAAUAUAUUCUUGGGGACUUGUAAACUUACUUAUGCUGACAAUGAAGUGUUCUUUUGAGUUGCUUAGGCGGGAAAUAUUCUCUGUGCCCAGCACGCGAUCUGAUCAAUCGUCAUAGCUUGCGUUGCGUGUAUUGUUUUGAAGGAGCAAUUAGUAACUUGUACAUUUUCUAUACAGUUGGAGAUUUAAAGAAGAAAAUGAAUGGUCUGAGGACAUACCAUAGAACACUUUGGAAGAAAAGAAAUGACCUCGGAGCUAUUGAAGAAAACACACCUUCCUGGCAGUAUUAUGAUCAACUGAUGUUUUUGAACAAUCAUUUUCAACCCAGAGAGACUAUGGCUACUUUGCCUAAACGAAAACUCAAUAUGGAGGAAACACCCGAUGCUGAUGGCGAGCAAUCCGAGUUUGAAUAUACUUGCAAUGUGAACAAUCAGGGACCAGUAACGAAAUCAAAACGACUAUGGAAACCAACACAUGAAAAUGAGGUUAUUAUGAAAAGUAUGGAGUAUUGUAAAGGAAAGAAUCCCGAAAUGUUGUUUGGAGAAUUGGUUGGACACAGCUUAACCAGCAUUAAAGAUGAACGCAAUAGAGAGUAUGCGAAAUUGCAAAUACAGCAAAUUUUGUUUAAGUGCCGCUACCCUGAAACAGAUCCUCGAAAAUUUCCCCAGCUCAGUCAGUUGCAAUCUUCUGUUGAACAAACGAACUCUCCUGAACUCUAGAACACUACAGCCAAAGAUUGUUAUCGGUAUACGUAUUGAAAGAUGAUUAGAAACCUUACGAUUUUAGGACGGCAACGCGACCGCGACGGCCAAAACAAACUGCUUCAAAUAACUGGUAGUAAAGAUAGUUCGUGGUAUAUUAUCAAUCGUAUGAAUUUAAUACAGUUUUAGAAGUUGAAGACAUGGGUUUUAUGGUUGGGAAGAGCUCUGCUAAACCCAGUUUGAAAUUGCACUUGUUGCGGCUUAGAAUGCAGCCGUUGUAUCAAGACGUGAAAAUCUGUGAUUUAGCGUUGUAAACAGAUCGAGGACAAUGUCUAAAUUAUUCAUAUAUUGUAAUUGCUCAAUUAUUUUCAAUGAUCUAUUGUAUUGGUAGCCGUUGCCGUCGCGUUGCCGUCCUAAAAUCAUAAGGUCUCUAAUAUCAUUCUCCAAAAACGUGCGAUUACGCCAUAUAGAUCUUAUAGUGGACGCUUUCCAAAAUACGCUUCGCCCACGGGGGUGCGAGCAACCAUUGGGAGUCACGCACGAUCUUAGCUAUAGGAUUUUAGGUUUGAAAGUGUUUCUUAUCCGGGCUGGUUACAUGAUCCCAUUUUGCCGGGACGAAAUGCGAGGCGGGAUUAUUUUGAUGUAUUGAUUGAAAUAAGUCUCGGUGCACAGCAAAACUACGUUAUUUAGUUAAACGAUCAAUGUAAAUUGAUUGCAUAUAAAUUGAAAUUACAGAACUAGAAAGUGUAUUAGAAUUGAAAUUCUAUUUAGCUGGUUACACGUAGAAUGAAACUUGCCAAGCUCUCAGAGUUUCUAAUUUCAACUGGUAAAUUGUUGGCACCUCGGUAACCUAUACUCUUUUUUAAAUAUUCCGUUUUAGCGUGGACACGCCAAGAACGUUCAUUAAACUGUCAUGCUAGACACACAGAAGGCAUUUUCACUUGUCCCUUGAGGACUAUCCUGCGUGCUGCGGACAUGCAAAGAGACAGACAGAUUAAAGGAUUUUCUGGGGGUGCACUUCCACCGCAAAAAAAUC